AUGUCAUUCAACACACCAUUCUUUAGUUUUUUUGACGCAAUCAACAAUGAAGUUGACAAUUUCAACAGAGCGCUAGGUAACUACAAUUACAACGAUUACAGACCCAGACGUGGAUUGCCAUCUAACAAUAGGUAUGGUAACAGAGGAUAUGGUAAUAGAUCUAACAACAGACCUCAGGGACGCGAACUUCAAAGGAGAGGUAAUAACAGUAACAACAACUUUGGAGCCUUGACGAAGACCGACUGGGACCCAUGGUUCGGCGAUGAAGACGAAGACUGGGGGUUGCUGCCAAGUUCUGAUUUUGGGGACUUCGGUAACGUUGGUAUUACACCGCCAGUGGAUCUAUUAGAACACGAUACCAACUAUGAGUUGAAUGUUACCGUCCCUGGUAUUAGAAGCAAGAGUAACAUCAACGUUGAUUACCACAGAGAUUCUAAUCAAAUUGAGAUCUCCGGUGAAGUGCCACCUGUGUUUACUGAGGAAAACCGUGACAAGGUCAGGAUGCAGGAAGUUGCAUCCGGUAGCUUCAGACGUGUGCUUCCACUGCCAAAAUACCCCGGUGUUGACGCUGACAAGAUUAAGGCCGAUUACUCUAGCGGCAUCUUGAAGGUUGAAAUUCCAAAAUUGGCACCAACUGGACCUAAAGAGGGUGUCCACAGAAUCGAAAUCUCUUCUCAGGACUCUUGGAACGAAUAA